GAAAAUCCAGGAAGGCCCACUCCCUCUUCUUUGAUCCACCUCUAAUUAAAGAAAACCACCGUCUUCGGUCUUCCCCUUCCUCCUUUCCCCUUUCUCUUUUCAUGCCUGCGUGAAAAGUAAAGUGUAUAUAUUUUGUAUCUGGGAGAAUAGCAAGCAAUGAUAGGAGGAGGUAAAAUCCGGCUGAAUAGGUGGCAACAGGCGGCGGUUGCGGUUGGUUCCGCUGUGGGUUCGUUGUUAGAUCCACGAAGGGCGGAUUUGAUAGCGGCGCUUGGAGAAACAACUGGAAAACCUGCUUUUGAAAGAGUUGUUGAGAGAAUGAAAAAGAGCCCUGAAGGAAGAGCAGUUCUCUUGGAGAGACCUCGUGUCAUAUCUGCUCAAGUGGGGCAUGCAUGGGAUUUGCCAGCUAAUACAUUUGGUGCUGCCUAUGCAAGAUUCAUGGGAUCCAGGAACUUUUCCCCAGAUGACCGUCCACCAGUGCGAUUCAUGGAAACGGAAGAGCUGGCAUAUGUUGCAAUGCGAGCCCGUGAGGUGCAUGAUUUCUGGCACACCCUUUUUGGCCUGCCCACUAACUUAAUCGGCGAGUCAGCGCUCAAGGUGAUUGAAUUCGAGCAAAUGUACCUUCCAAUGUGCCUGAUGUCUGUUGUGGGAGGCACGGUUAGAUUUACGGAGAAGCAGAGGAAAUUGUUCUUCCAGCAUUACUUCCCAUGGGCCAUUCGAGCUGGUAUGCAGAGCACAGAUCUCAUGUGUGUGUAUUAUGAGAAGCACUUUCAAGAGGAUUUGGAGGAUGUCCGCAGAAAAUGGGGUAUAACUCCCGCUCCUGCUGCCCCGAACCAAAAUGUGCCUUGACCUGCAGCAUUUGCAGGUGCUUGGGUGGAGGUUAAUGCAUCUUUCUUACAACCACCUCGCUGUGUAACUGUGUGUGUAUGCGAGAAGAUGUACAGAAGGAGGUUUUUUGGGAUAAUAAAACGAGAUUCACAGCGAAAGGCUUCUCCAA